AUGCUUGACAAGGAAUACAACACAACCCAGUGGACACAUGUCUACACGGAUGGCUCUGCCGAACAGGCCAUCAAAAAUGGUGGCAGCGGAAUAUAUAUACAACUCCCAACUGGAGAAAAUAUAUCCAAAUCCCUGCCUACUGAAAAGCUCUCCACCAAAUACAGAGCUGAACAGAUCGCCCUACUGGAAGCUGUCAACAUCUUUAGUAUCCUCGCAGGACUCGACACACAUCUUUUCUUUCUAACUGAUUGCAAGUCUGUACUGGAAACUGUCAUGUCACCAGCAAAAACCAACACAAGUGGAGCACUACAGAGAGCACUCUCUCAGCUCUCACAGACAAGAACCAUAGCACUCCAGUGGAUACCAUCCCACUGUGAUAUCAGUGGAAAUGAAGAGGCCGACAGACUGUCCAAGGCUGGAAGUAAAAGGCAGCAAUUACGGCACCCAAUCUCCUACCCAGAAGCAAAAACACUCAUCCAAUACAAGCUUCGACAAGAAUGGUGA